CACUUUCUCUUUUCGAUGGAUUCAUGGAAUUGACUUGUGCGCAAAGUGAUGGGAUUUACUGGGCUCGCUCGCUGGCUCAAUGCUCCUCCAAACGGACUCCAAUUAAUUUCGGACAAUAUCUUUCGCAAUCACAAUGGAGUGUACCGUGGCAAAUGGUAUCUAACGGUCAAAUCAUUUCGAUCUACUCUUGGCCAAAUACCUGGGUUUAAUAUACCAUCCGAGCGUAUCAUUUGUGCUCUAACUAUGAACGACAAUGUUUUCGUCCUUCUCGAAGAUCCCUUGGCACCAACUCGCGCCGAUAUCAGUACAAACCCCCCCGAUGGAAAUGUGUUUCAGCCCACCCAUUAUCGUAACACAUUUCUUACCUUGAGUCCCCCCGGUGCACUCGAACAGUUACUUUCGCAGUUAAAAGCACGUUGGGUACCGGUACGACAAUCCACGACCUCAAACAUGGCGCAAAGGGGACAGGGGACAGGACCUCAGCUCGUGAUAGAAGGACAUGUUUUUGCUAUCGGCUCGGACUGGAUUGUGAGAGUAGGCAAUGUCAUACUGGCAGGCGGAGCAGUCAAGGGAAUGAUUUUAGAAGCGGAGUAUCUUCCUCUACCCACUCUCAAGUCACCUAUGGCGGACGGAACGUCCGAACUCGUGUCAAACCUCUUGAUCUCCGUACUUCCAAAUAUAAAGGACGCUCGGACCCUCGCCAUUGCCAUCAGUGAUAGUCAAUGGGAGGACUUCCUUUGGGACCGCGAGGAUGAGGAACGGGAACAAGAGUUGAAAGCGGAUUUUCAGAAGGAUGUCGAAAAACAUGCAGCUGAUGGAGUCCACUACUAUGGAGAUGAAGAGUUGCCAAUGAAGAAGAAUCAGAAAGGCGACUGGACAGGAGUCGAUAGAGACCGUCGCUCAGCAUAUUUGAUUAUAGGUUCUCUAAGAUCAGAAACAAUUCUUUGAGCUCUCGCUAUUGUUUGUUUAUAGGCAUUGAAUGUAUGUACAUUCUAAAUAUACAGAAAUGCUGUUAGAGAGGCAUAUGCC